AUGCUGCCUGCGCUGGACGAGGAGUUGAUCGCGGCAGAGUCGCGGCUGGAUCUGCUGUCUGUCGAUCCGGCCGCGGCGGAAGAGGCUGUUGCUCGGCCCGUCGAGCUAGCCCUGUCGGACCUCACCGCGGCUACGGACGGGUUUGCAGAGGGCAAGCUGAUUGGCAGCGGCGGAUUUAGCCGCGUCUAUGAGGCGUCGGCCGACCUCCACCUCUCCCUCGCCGCGCCUCCGCAGCUGCGCCACUUGCCGCUCGUCGUCAAGCGGGCAAAGUCGGGCCAGUCGGGCGGUUUGUCUCGGGCGGAGCUCGAGGUGAAGCUUCUCAAGGCGGUGAGCCACCCGCACCUGCUGCCGCUGCUCGGCUACUGCCUCUCGCCCGACGGCGUCUGCCUCCUCUCGCCGCUGAUGCGCGGCGGCUCGCUCGAGGCGCGGCUGCAGCCGCUGAGGCCGCUGACGUGGCGGCAGCGCGUUCGCAUUGCGUGCGAGGCGACCGAGGCGCUCGUCUACCUCCACUCGAAGGGCAUCGUGCACCGCGACGUCAAGCCGGACAACAUCCUGCUCGACGAGAAGCUGACCGCUGUCCUGGCCGACACGGGCUUCGCAAAGGACCAGCGUCCCGACGCGUCUGUCCGCUCCCCUUCGAACACCCUCUACAUGUCCACGGGAUACCUCUGCCUCUCCAUCUCCAAGGGAGGCGAGUACUCGAGCAAGACGGACGGCUACGCCAUCGGCAUCACCCUCCUCGUCUGCCUCACCAACCGG